AUGCGCUCCCAACUCCUCGCCCUCUUCUGGAUCUGGGCCUCGGCCGCCUCGGCCGCCCUCACCUGGUCCCUCCAGCGCGCGUCCAACCCCACGGCAGACCAGUCCGAGGCCUACACCCGCAUCGAGUCGGCCAUGAACCUCGCCGUGGCCCGCUACAACCGCCUGACCAAGCGCGCCACCAAGACCAUCACCGUGCAGUACGUGCCCAGCGUGCAGACCGCCGACGGCAACUUCAACGGCAACAUCCGCUUCGGCUCCAACCGCUCCUACAUGAACGAGCGCACCGCCCUUCAUGAGAUCUCUCACACUCUUGGUAUUGGCCAGACCAGCGCCUUUGAUACCCGCUGCGGUGCUAACAACUGGCCCUCUGCCCUGCCGCUGCUUCGGUCGUGGGAUGGAAAUGACGCCAAGAUCAACUGCGGCGGUGGACACAUUUGGCCCUAUGGCCUCAACUACGAUGAUGAGAUGAGCGAGACGAAUGCUGAGAGGCACUGUCUCUUGAUCGAUGCUAUGUUGGUGGAUGGGCUUGCUGGUUGA